AUGUCUGGCAACUGCGGGUUCGUCCUCCUCAUUCCCGUUUCCCAGGCCCUUGCUGACAGUCUCUUCCUCUCCAGUGCUCUCCCUGGCUUCCCCAGCCCUUCUCCCAACACCUACACCACCACCUACACCACCACCAACAACACCACCUCCAGUGACGGGAACGCCCCCGAAGCACAGCUGUAUGACAGUAGCGGUAUCUUCCCCGUCUCAUACGAUCUGUCUACUGUCCCCUGCGCCGUCAUUGGGCGUGACCUCAACGCUCUCGGUAUCCAGCUCUCUGGCCACAGCGGUGCCUUUCCCGCCUCCUAUACUCCGUCUACUAUCAACUACACCUCCAGCACCCAGCUUUCUCCCGUGACGCCCUCUCCCGCCAGCAGUGGCGACAAGGCCAAGCCCAAGGCGAGAUCUUCCGUUCAUGCCACCAACACCAGGAGCAUCAAGGCGAGUGGCAAGGAGAAGAAGAAGCAUGCCGAGGGCUACAAGCGUAAGAGCAUGUCUUGUGAGCACUGCAAACAGCGACGAAAGGAGUGCGAUGGAACCGACUUCAACGCCUGCACCCGCUGUACCUGCGAUGGCAUCGAGUGCAAAUACGUCCUUGCCAAGGGCAAGCGAGGCUCCCAGAAGGCUUUGAAGAAGCUCGCCGCUAUGGGUCGUGCUCCCUCUGCCGACGGCGUCUACAUCGCUACUCCCUCAACUUCAUCUCUUGCCUCGUCUUCCGGGACGUCCUCUAUGAGCCCGAUCACCCCAAUCACCCCGAUCACCCCGGCCAGGUCUGCCGUCGAGCUCAGCUCCGGUCCCUCUCCUGCCAGCGUCUCUGCCGGCCUCACUUCUGGCUUCGCCACUCCCCACAUCUUCAUGCCCUUCGUCCCGCCCGCCCAGCUUCCUGUUGCUGUUGGCGCCAACGGCAUGCUGAAGGACCACCCCGUUGUCGAGAUGCAACAGGCGCUGUUCGACAACGAGUUCGAUUCAUGCUGCUCGGUCCUUGCUGCUGCUCCUGCCAGCAAGGCAGCAGCUCGUUACCACCCUCCUACUCCGCGUACCACCCCGGUCAAGCCUACCUACGUCCGUCCUACCGACGUCUCCCCCGUCCAGGCUCCCACCUUUUCACUUCUGAACGCCUCGGUGCUGUCUACCCUGCCUGCCAUGGACGUCACUCAACCUCAGCCCCAGCUGCCUGCUUUUGACCCCCAAACUCUCUCUGAGAGCGAGAGGCUUGAAUGGGAAAAGCUCGCCAUGGACUCGGUGUUUGGUAACGGGUCUUUCUCCGCACCUCCCGAGGCACCCUGCGAGGCAGCUCCUGUUGCUCUCCUUCCCACUCCAGACACUACCCCUGUCAAGCCUACCGCCGAGAUGUCUGCCAUCAGCCCCCCCGCCGACCCCACUACUAUCAACAUCUCCUACGCCGACUUCUCGGAGCCCCAACCCACCCUUUGGGUCAGCGCACCUCAGACCCAGGCUGGGGACGAGGCUGUCCCAGAGGAUGAGGAGGAUGUUGACUGGGGGAUGUAUGUCAAUAUGGAGGAGAUGGAGGAGGUGGACGAUGGCGGUUCUUUGGGAGCUGUUAUCGAGUCUUCGUUCAGCACUAGGUCCUUUGAGUUCAACACCAGGCCCUUCGAGGCUACCGACAGAGAUAUGCGCGGACUGUGGGGCUAA